AUGGUGAAUUAUUGUUACAAUAGAACAACCGUCAUUGAUAUGAAUGAUAUUAAAGUCAAUCUAACCGAAAUUUAUUUGAAUCAUCCGGGCGCGUUCGAAGAAUGGCUCGUGAGCGAUGGUAAUGACGACUUGAUAAAAAGAAUAACUGAUAUUAAAUUAAAACAGAAAAAACAAGAAGGAAAUGGAGGAGAAGGAGGUGACGAUGGAAGGACGAGACGGAAAAAAAUUGAAAGAAAUAAUUCUGUGACGUCAGAACUUUUUCAAGUUUGGGUUUCGUCAUCAUCACCGAAAAAAUUAAAAUCUCAAAAUGGAGCGGACACUCGAAAAAGAAAUCAUUCCAUCGACGAAGGUGAUUUUUUUAUGGAAUUAAUAAGAGACGUGGCAACAGAAUUAGAUAUCGACGUACUGUGUCAUAAAAUUCUAAUAAACGUUUGCUUAUUGACAUAUGCGGAUAGAGGAAGUUUAUUUUUGGCACGAGGACCCCCGGAUAAACGUUAUUUGGUCGCUAAAUUAUUUGACGUAACGGUAGACACAGAUUUUGAUGAAGCCAUUGAAAAAGUUAAAAAUGAAGAUUUGAAAAUUCCAUUCGGAGUCGGAAUCGUCGGUUACGUUGCUCAAAGUAAAGAAAUAAUUAACAUAAGCGAUGCAUAUAACGAUCCCAGGUUCAACAGCGAAAUAGACAUGCGUACCGGAUAUAAAACAAAUUUAAUUUUAUCAAUGCCAAUAUGUAAUUACGAAGGUGAUGUUAUUGGCGUAGCUCAAAUAAUAAAUAAAACAAAUGGAUCUCAGGAAUUUACACAGAGAGAUGUCGAAGUAUUUCAAAGGUAUUUAACAUUUGGUGGUAUUGGUAUACAAAAUGCUCAAUUAUUUGAGCUUUCCGUACAGGAAUACAAAAGAAAUCAGAUUCUUUUACAUUUGGCGAGAAGCAUUUUCGAAGAACAAAGCAAUUUAGAAUGUCUCGUAACGAAAAUAAUGAGAGAAGCUCGAGAUUUGCUCAAAUGCGAAAGAUGUGCCGUUUAUUUAUUAGAUUUAGAAAGCUGUUCGGAAGAGAAUCAUUUGGAACACAUAAUUCAACAACCGAAGAAAAAAAAAGAAGAACAUCAACCAUUGUCCAGACGACAGAGCAAUAAUAUUAACGUCGAUGAUAUAUUUAAAGCUAAGGAAUCCGUACAGGUAUGUGAAUUUUUUUUGGUUCGAAAACCACAAUUUGUAAAAACAAUAACGAUCAUUUUUCAGAAAAUAAGAUUUUCAACAAUAUUCGAAUUGAGAGCAGACGAAACGGAUGCCAUAGUUUUAAAAUCAAAAGCAAUAAAUUCAUCAAAAUUGGUUAAAAUUGCUAAAUACGUCGCAGCUAACGGACAAAUUCUAAACAUCAGUGACGUAACAACAUGGAUGAAUCAAGAUGUCCGAGAAGAAGAAGAUAAUUUUUUAACAAAAAGUAUACUUUGCAUGCCGAUAUCGAACGGUCAAAAAACUUUAAUCGGUGUCGCGCAAUUGAUAAACAAGACCAAUCAGCAACCUUUCACGGAUUCUGACGUAUCAAUAUUUGAAGCUUUUGCAAUUUUUUGCGGUUUGGGAAUCCAUAAUACUCAAAUGUACGAAAAUGCAUGUAAAUUAAUGGCGAAACAAAAAGUCGCUUUGGAAUGUUUAUCUUAUCACGCAUCAGCAUCCGUCGAAGAUACGGAACGUUUAUAUAACGAUUUCAUACCCUCGGUCGAGUCUUAUAAUCUUUUAAGUUUUAAAUUCAUUGAUUUUAAACUUCCGGAUGAAGAUACUUGCAGAGCGACCAUAAGAAUGUUUAUGGAAUGUAAUUUGAUAAAACAUUUUCAAAUUCCCUACAACGUACUCUGUCGGUGGGUUUUGAGCGUGAAAAAAAAUUACAGACCCGUUAAAUAUCACAAUUGGAGACACGCAUUAAACGUUGCUCAAACAAUGUUCGCCAUGUUGAAAACUGGAAAAAUGGAAAGAUUUAUGACGGAUUUAGAAAUUUUAGGCUUAUUAGUCGCUUGCCUUUGUCACGAUUUGGAUCACAGAGGGACCAACAACGCAUUUCAAACAAAAACGGAAUCGCCAUUGGCAAUCCUAUACACGACAAGCACGAUGGAACAUCAUCAUUUCGAUCAAUGCGUUAUGAUAUUAAACAGUGAAGGGAAUAACAUAUUCCAGGCUUUAUCUCCGGACGAUUACAGACAAGUCAUGAAGAUCGUUGAAAACGCCAUUUUGUCCACGGAUCUUGCCAUGUAUUUCAAAAAGAAAAAUCGUUUUAGAGAAUUGGUAGACGAUGGAGAAUUCGAUUGGCAAAGCGAAGAAAAAAAAGAAAUUUUAUGCGGAAUGAUGAUGACGGCAUGUGACGUAAGCGCUAUAUCGAAACCUUGGGAAGUACAACACAAAAUGGCUAAAUUGGUAGCAGAUGAAUUUUUCGAUCAGGGUGAUUUAGAAAAACUACAAUUGAAUCAACAACCCGUGGCGAUGAUGGAUCGAGAGAGAAAAGACGAACUACCACAAAUGCAAGUCGGUUUCAUUGACGUCAUUUGCCUUCCUUUAUAUAAAGUCAUGUCGGACACGUUUCCAUGGAUCCGUCCUCUCUACGAAGGUUGUUUGGCUAAUAGAAAUCAUUGGCAAGAUUUGGCAGAAAAAGUCGAAAUGGGUUUGACUUGGAUAGAUCACGAUACCAUCGAUAAACCCGUCGAAGAAUUUGCAGUUAAUUCAGAUGAACAACCUCAAGACAUUGAAUUCACCGUGACGACUUUAAAUUGUUCUCAUUCUUUGGAAAGACAAUCGACCGUGGAAUCAGAUAACGGUUUGCAAAUAUCAGAAGCAGCACAAAGAAAAGUCAGUACCGUCGGUAUAGCAUUAGGAAAGUUCGCAAGUUUGAGAAAGACAAAAGGUAAAUCCAUGCAAAAUCGUCAGAGUCGUUCCCUGUAUUACAAAACUAAAAAUUCGAGGGAAAACAGUCCGAAAAGAAGUGACGUGCCAACGUCAGAAGAUGACAGCAGCACGAACGAUCAUCCACCGAUAUCAAAAUCUAAAAUUGACACGACAAAAAAUAACAAGCGUAAAAAAUUUUGUACGUUAAUUUGA